AUGAACGGCUAUGGCUCCCCGUACCUCUACAUGGGCGGCCCGGUGUCGCAGCCACCGCGGGCUCCGCUGCAGCGGACGCCGAAGUGCGCCCGGUGCCGCAACCACGGCGUGCUGUCCUGGCUGAAGGGCCACAAGCGCUAUUGCCGCUUCAAGGACUGCACCUGCGAGAAGUGCAUCCUCAUCAUCGAGAGGCAGCGGGUGAUGGCCGCGCAGGUGGCGCUCCGCCGGCAGCAGGCCAACGAAAGCCUGGAGAGCCUCCUCCCGGACUCCCUGCGCUCCCUCCCCGGGCCCCCUGGCAACACCGAGCCCCCCACGCCGCCGCCGGGGCCGUCGCCCUGCGCUGCGCCGCCGCGGACCCCCGCCGAGCUGGCCGCCGCCGCCGCCCUUCGCUGGGCCGCCGAGCCGCCUCCCGCGCUCCCGGGGCCGCUCCCCAAGGCAGACGUGAAUGAGGAGCGGUUGGGUGAUGCCAGUGGAGCAGACAAUGCUGAGACCUACAGUGACAAAGACACAGACCAAAGGAGUUCCCCAGACAUGACUAAAGCCAAAAGUUGUUUCAAUCCCGAAAGCCCUGAAAUUGUUUCAGUGGAUGAGGUCGGUUUUGCAGUUCAGAAAAAUGCUGGGAGCACAGAGAACCGUCCAGAGAGCCCCAAGUACCACCCAGAGCAGAACCACCUCCUGAUAGAAGGUCCUUCUGGGACAGUUUCUUUACCAUUCAGUUUGAAAGCAAACAGACCCCCACUUGAAGUCUUGAAAAAGAUUUUCCCUAACCAAAAGCCAGCUGUGCUAGAGUUGAUCCUGAAGGGGUGUGGCGGUGACCUGGUGAGUGCUGUAGAGGUUCUCCUAUCCAGUCGGUCUUCAGUGGCCAGUGGAGAGAGAACUUCUGCAGAAUCGGAUGGUCUUGUUUUGCCUUCCAAUGGGCAUAUUUUUGAACACACGCUGAGUUCCUAUCCUAUUUCAUCUUCCAAGUGGUCUGUGGGCUCUGCAUUUAGGGUUCCCGACACUCUGAGGUUCUCUGCUGAUUCCAGUAAUGUUGUGCCAAAUCCUCUAGCUGUACCCUUGCAGCACCCGUUCCCUCAGCCACCACGCUAUCCGCUGAUGCUGAGAAACACUUUGGCGAGAAACCAGUCCAGCCCAUUCCUGCCCAACGACGUCACCCUGUGGAACACCAUGACAUUGCAGCAGCAGUACCAGCUGCGGUCCCAGUAUGUCAGUCCUUUCUCUGGCAACUCAGCCGCUGUUUUCCGAAGCUCACCUGUCCUUCCUUCCCGCUCGUCAGAAGAUCCUAGGAUUUCAAUUCCUGAUGAUGGUUGCUCAAUUGUGUCUAAGCAACCAAUUUACACAGAAGAUGAGUAUGAGGACAGGUCUGAUUCUUCAGACUCAAGAAUACUCAACACAUCUUCUUAGACUGACAUUUGACAUGUGACAGCUAAGCGAUACUCACAGUGCAGCUGAACUACUGGCCCCUAAGAGGAGGGACAUGUACUCUACAAAACUCUUGCAAUUGUAUUAAAAAGUUGCUUGGUAUUGUACUAUAGCAAUAAAGACGUAACUUAUUUAAUUUCUUGCACUUCACUGGAUAAUGCCAAAUAGCAAUAC